AUGACGGCGCUGCCGGAGCAGCCUUCGCACGGCGGCUGCGACGGGGGUACUCCGCCGAUGCCGGCUUUGACCGCGCGGCCAUUCGACUGGGGAGCGCUCGUGGCGGACGUGAGGGCGGAAGCCAGAGAGUCACGGCGUGCCGUGGAGAAGAGGACGCGGCGGCUUGCGACACUGAACAUGAGACUCCGUAAGAAGGUGGAGGAGAAUGCGGGGACGGUGCUUGCAAUACAGGAGUUGGAUGAAAAGAUAGAGAACGCCGUAAAACAGGAGAAAUGCCUCCUUCGAUUGAUUACCGCGGCCAAAAAGCGGAAGGCACAACUCCAGGCCGAUGUCGAAGAGGCCGAGAAGAGGCUGGAGAAAAUGACGCCAUGCCAUCAGCAAUCAACCCCAACGGCGGCGGCGGCGGCGGCGUCUGUUGCUGUGAAGAACAGCCUCAGUAGUGCCAGAAAAUCAGAAGUGGAGGAUUGUGUCGUUGUUCACGAAAAUUGUGAAAUGGGUAAUUUGCAGCAUAGACUACAUGUCACGCGGCUUCUGUACCGCAGGAUGCAAGAGGAGAAUAACCAAAUAUUGGCUAUUCUUGCUGAUCUAAAUUUUGAGGAGAAUUUAACGACGGCGAAGCUUAAUGAGCGCAGCAGUAGCAACCUCACUGCCCAUCAUUUUGAAUUUUCAAAUGCACUUCAGGAUCUUAUCCAAAGUUUCAAGGAUGUCACUCAUGCCGCUUAUAAACCUCAUUAG